UGUCACUGUCAGUGUUAAACAAAUUUCACAAAACUAGAAUUUUGCAGUGAUUUCUUGAGUUUUUGGUUAUUAUUUCAAUAAAUAAUUGUAUUCAUUUUGAGAAUUUUAGCCGUGAACAGGUACCGGAUUUCGGUGAAUGUUCACAGCAUAAAUUCUUUUUGUUUUUUAAUCAAAUCAACUGAACUGUGCCCAUAUCAUGAAUUUCAUCGUAUAUGCUCCCUAUCCUCUAAUAUAUUUACAGUGACGUGUUCAUUUUAGGGAACCUAAUCUGGAACAAGAAAUGUGUUAAAUUAUACAGAGUGGUAAUAUUCCGAUUUUUUUAACUUUAGUGUAUUAUAUAUGAAUGUAACUGUGAUGCAACUUGAAGCCUAUUGACCCACAUUAACUUGUUAGAAAUUGGGUCUACAUCAAACCACUUGGAUUACUAUAUUGCAUUGCAUUUCUUUACUCUCAAUGAUAUGUUAACACCACAAGCAUUGUGCUGAUCGACAUUUUCCUCAACCUUUGGUUGUCUGAAAUGUAUCUUAUUAAUAAAUAAUGUACCCAAAACUGUUAUUUGGAGGAAGACUAAGAUUUAUGAGUCACAAAUGAAAUAAAGUGAAACAUUCAAAAUACUGAAGUGUCUAAAUACAUUUGCUUAUCUUCACUAAAUACAGGUUAUGCCUAUUUAUAUAAUAGUGAAUAUAACAUUUUCUAUCAGUUAUAGCCCUAAAAUCAAAUUACAUACACAAUAAAUCGUAAGUUGUGAAAUAAGUGAGUGCAUGAAAGCAAGAUGUUGUUAUUGUAGUGACAGUGAAACAUGUCUUUUACCCAUACACUACAAUCAUAUAGCUUAUACAAUCAAGGUAUUAAUUAUUGUCAUAUAUAUAGUACCAAAAAUAUGUGCACACUAACUUAAUGUAAGGGCUAUAAGGUUCUGUGUACAUUUUUUUGUACUGUUCAUGUCAAUAUUUAACACCUUGACUAUACAUAUAACUUCAAGAUAUAAUUCUAACUUGUAUUUACAUUCCUUUGCCAUUUGAAAUUCAUGCUAUGUGUACGGUUGAAAAAUCAAAAACUAAUGGAUGAGUAUUUACCAAGUGUUCAAAUUUUAUUUAAUAUUAUCUGAGAUUACACGUUUUUGUGCUUCGCAUUUGAGCUAACAUUAUUUGUGUUUUUUCUAGCCAAGAUUGCAAAUGCCAUCUGUUGACUGACAAAAAUACAAACCAUGGAUGGUAAAGUAAAAUGAACAUGAUGGAAAUUAAUGGACAAAAUAAACACAUUUUAAUGGAUAUGUGAAGAUGACAAUACAUCUUCGUAAAACCUACCAACAUAAUUAAUGAAUCAUGUUGGCCCUGAGACUAAACAGAUGUCCACAGGGAGGGAAAUAUUUCCAGCAGUCUUCAAUUCUGAAGUUUCAGAGAACUAUCAAAAUUUUCAGUUGCAUAAAAGUUGAUUUUAUGGCUCACCGAAAUGAUGACGGCCGCAAGGGAAAAUCCUUUGAGACAUUCAAAAAUGAAGAAGUAAAAAAUACGAAACAUAGGAAAAGACAUCAAACAGGUGGCCAUUCCAGAAUGAAAGACUAUCCUGAGUCAAGGACACCACCACUCCCAACCAGCAUGCCCACUAUGGAGGAACUUAUCAAACAAAGGGAAAUAUUACAAGAAGAAUUAAAUAAAAUAUCAAAAAGUUCUGCAGAACAUUCUAAAUACAAUAAAUCUAGAACAUAUGACAAGAAACCAAGAAACACUGAAAACUUUAGAGAACCUCAUAAAAAACGUAAAAGUGAAAGUCAAGACAAUGAGUUAAAGGAUGAUGGUAAAAAACAACGUAAGUUUGUUGAUAGUCCCCCUCAUUAUUAUGAUGAGAAUUCAGAAGAUGAGGAAAAUAUUAUAGAAAUCAGAAGAAGACAACGAAAACAACUAUUAGAAAAACUAAAAUCUACACAUGAAAAUCAUGCAGAAACAAUAGCUCAAAAUAUUAUUACAUCUCAUAAAACUUUAAAUGAUAAUAAUGAAAAUGAUCAAGAGGCCAUCAUAAGAUCAGUUAGUAAAACUACUGACACUGAUGCAACCAAAAAAUCGAAUGACAUGCUUGCUGAUAUGACUAAAGCAUCAACUGACAUGUUUGCUGAUGUGGAUACUUUUACACAUGAUAAUGUGACAGCUGGUGUCACCAAAGAUAACAACAAUGACAAUCCUCAGCUGACCGCUAACUGGGACGACCCAGAUGGCUACUAUAACAUUAGAAUUGGUGACGUGUUGAACUACAGAUAUACUAUAAAAGAUACUUAUGGACAGGGCGUGUUUGCCAACGUAGUGCGCGCUCAAGAUAACACUGCUACAAAUGCUGAUGUAGCCGUAAAAAUAACAAGAAAUAACGAUCUAAUGAGGAAAACUGCUAUAAAAGAAAUUGCUUUCUUGAAAGAAGUCAAUGACGCAGACCCCGAUGAUAAAUAUCAUUGCGUAAAGCUGUUGCGUCAUUUUGUGCACAAGAGUCAUUUGUGUCUAGUAUUAGAGCCUCUUCACAUGGAUAUGCGCGGCAUUAUAAAGAAAUAUGGUAGACAUGGAUUAAACUUGAAAGCACUGGUGAGCUACAGCAGGCAGCUUCUCCUAGCGCUGAGACACCUAAAGAAGCUGGAUAUCAUCCACGCUGAUAUAAAACCGGAUAAUAUCUUGGUAAACGAGAAGAAAAAUAUAUUGAAACUGUGUGAUUUUGGUUCGGCGGGUAAGGUUCACGAUACGGAACCCACGCCUUAUCUAGUGUCUAGGUUUUACAGAGCCCCCGAAAUCAUUUUAGGUUUGCCGUACUCGCACGGAGUGGACAUGUGGUCAACCGCGUGCACGAUUUACGAAAUGGCGGUAGGAAAAAUACUCUUCACAGGCGGCUCGAACAACAAAAUGUUGAAAUGCUUCAUGGAUAUCAAAGGGAAAAUACCAAACAAGAUGGCGAGAAAAGGCAUAUUUAAAGACCAGCACUUCAAUUACAACCAUAAUUUCCUCCUUCACAAAAAAGAUGAAGUUACUGGCAGAGAAAAGGUAGUGGAAUACAGCAACAUAAAAGUAACUCGAGAUUUGGGAAAAGAAAUUGGAAGGUCGAUAAAUGUUGAAAGGAAAGCUACCCAACUCAGAGAAUUGCUAGACAAAAUGCUUGCCUUAGACUCUGUGUUAAGGAUAUCCCCCACAGAUGCCUUAAAACAUAUUUUUAUCAGAGAAGAAGUGGAGAAAUAAUGUCAAAAAAUAGAAUAAAUGCAGAAACCUAACAAAA